ACAAAAUGCUUUUAUCUUCCCUGUGGUACAUUCAGUGGCUUUUGAGGGCAUCAUUUCAUGAAAGAUGAAUCAAGUUAUAGAAGGAAAUGCAUGUGACUGAUUUAAUUGUUAUUUAAAGGCAUCAUUUGAUCCUGUCUUAUUUUGAAAUUGUUCCUCAGAUCCAAUUUCUGUGACUUUCAUGUGAAGAUUAGACAAUACUACCAAGUCAGUGAUGAGAAACCAUUCAGCAAUAACAGCAUUCAUCAUACUGGGUUUGACAAACGACACACAACUAGAGAUUUUGAUUUUUGUCUUUUUGUUGGUCACAUAUAUGUUAAGUGUAAUUGGGAAUCUGACCAUAAUUUCUCUCAUCUUUGUGGAUCCUCAUUUAAAAACAGCCAUGUAUUUUUUUCUUCAAAAUUUCUCUUUCUUAGAAAUCUCAUUCACAACGGCCUGUGUGCCCACAUACCUCUACAUCAUAUCAAGUGGGGACAAAAUGAUCACCAUCAAUGCCUGCUUCAGCCAAAUCUUUUUUAUUGUCCUUUUCGGAGCUACAGAAUUUUUCCUCUUGACUGUGAUGUCUUAUGACCGCUACUUGGCCAUCUGCAAACCCCUUCAAUACCUGACCAUCAUGAACAGCAGAGUCUGCAGGAGCCUCAUUCUCUCUUGUUGGGUAUCUGGCUUCUUGAUUAUCCUUCCACCCCUUGGCCUGAGUGUCCACCUGGAAUUCUGUGACUCUUUUAUUGACCAUUUUGUCUGUGAUGCUUCUCCAAUACUGAAGAAUGCAUGUUCAGAUACAUGGUUCAUAGAGCAGCUGGUUAUAUUCUGUGCUGUGUUGACCUUUAUAGCAACCCUUGUGUGCAUAGUUCUGUCCUACAUACACAUUAUUAGGACAGUUCUAAGAUUACCCUCUGCUCAGGAAAGGAAAAAAGCCUUUUCCACCUGUUCUUCCCACAUGAUUGUGGUUUCCAUCACCUAUGGCAGCUGCAUUUUUAUGUAUGUGAAACCUUCAGCUAAGGAUGAAGUGGCUCUUAAUAAGGGAGUUUCUCUGCUGACUACAUCUGUUGCCCCUAUGUUGAACCCUUUCAUUUAUACCCUGAGGAAUAAACAAGUAAAGAGGUCUUUCCAUGGCAUUCUUAAAAGGUUAAUAUUUUAUUCAAAAAAGUAGCAGAACAGUACACCGGAAACUCUAAAGUAACAUAUCUCAUUGGCAUGUGGGUGGCAAUUUGUGCCAUGAGAGUGACAUAUUUGGGCAAGCAUUAAAGAAAACUGAGAACAUCUAAGAAAGAA